AUGGAAAGGCAAAACCACACCUUACUGACCCUGUUUUUUCUCCAUGGUCUUGCUGCCUAUCCCGACUUUCACUUUGUUUUCUUUCUGAUGUCCCUUAUCAUGUACAUCAUAAUCUUAUUGGGCAACAGUUUCCUCAUUACAAUCAGCAUCCUGGACUCUCACCUCCACACUCCCAUGUAUUUCUUCCUCAGUAACCUCUCCUUCCUGGACAUCUGCUACACAUCUGCUUCUGUUCCUUUGAUACUUGUGAACUUCAUUUCAGGGCGAAAUAACAUUUCUUUUGUGGGAUGUGGAGUACAAAUGUUCUUCUCCCUUGGCCUUGGGUCCACAGAGUGUGUGCUUCUGACAGUUAUGGCAUAUGAUCGGUAUGUAGCCAUUUGUAGGCCCCUGAGAUACCCUGUCAUCAUGAACAAGUGGCUUUGUGGGUGGAUGGCAGCCAAUUCCUGGAUGACAGGUGGGCUAAAUUCACUGGUGCAAACAAUCCUUGCUAUGGGGUUGCCCUUUUGUGGAAACAAUGUCAUUGAUUAUCUUACAUGUGAGAUCUUAGCUGUGUGGAAAUUGGCAUGUAUAGAUAUUUCCCUCAAUAAGAUUAUUAUGUUGAUAUCAAAUGUGAUUUUUUUAGUUAUUCCUGUGGUAUUAAUCUUCAUCUCCUACUCAUUCAUCCUUUUUACCAUCCUGAGAAUCAACUCAGUCACAGGAAGGCAAAAAGCCUUUUCUACCUGCUCAGCCCACUUGACUGUAGUCAUCAUCUAUUAUGGCAGCAUCCUCUUCAUGUACAUGAAGCCCAAGUCCAAAGACUCCCAUGGGACAGAUGAGCUGAUUGCUCUCUUCUAUGCUGUGGUCAUUCCCAUGCUGAAUCCCAUCAUCUACAGUCUGAGGAACAAGGAUGUAAAGGAAGCAGUUAAAAAGUUGAGUAAGAACAUCUUCUCACAAGGAACAUGA